CCAACAAUUCAAAAUAUUUUCUGGUUCAGCCACCGCACUCAAAACUCAUGUGCCAGGGGGGGAAGAAUGGCGUCAUCUAACAUCAAAUAUCUUACCGUCGACAGCUCUACCUUUUGGCCUUACAGACCAAAGGCUCGACAAGGUCUCGUCGCUUCCAUCACCUCGUUCAGAGACAGCAACAAACAGUUUCGUUUCUGACUGGUCGGACACCGGCAGUACAGAAACGAUCAAGCCUACAACAGCCUAUGCCGAAGCUGACAAUGAGCUGGGCAGCAGCGGACCUGUAUAUCAAGAUUCCCAAAAUUUCAGUGGCACCUUCUGCCUCAAUAGCUUGGUUGUGACCAAUACCAUGGAAUCAAAAAUCGGCAUUCAAAGCAUGUUGCAACCCACAGGACUCGAAUUUGAUGAUAUUCACGAUUCCACGGAAGGCUCUGGUGUUGUUUUCUAUCCAGACAAGUCGUAUAAUCUGCCCGUGGCUAGUUUGCUGAUCACUCCAACCUCAAACUGGGUCUCCGAGAGCACUUAUGCCCAUGCUCCGUCGGCCUAUUCAAGCCAUGCUACUUCGCAGGGAAUUCAAGCCGGGGAACCCCAAGCGAAAGCAAAAAACGUUGGUAUUUAUGUGACAAGGAACCAGAAUAUUUCAUCAAACUGCAUCAGAUUGUCUCAUGGCCCUAUGUGUAGCCAGACAGUGCAAGAAAGGCCCGAAGCAAGCGAUGGUGGCCUUAGAAAACCCCCACCGAUUACAAUAACCUCAUUUCCACAUCCGAAAAGCAUGGAGCCGGACAAAACGACCACAACAGACUCCUUAGUAGAAAAACCGACGAUGGACAAAACUCAAGCAUCUCGAACUGCCCCGGCCCAUGUUUUGGGUCUAGUGCUUGGAUGUAUAUUUGGUGUAAGUUUGGUCUUUGCGGUUAUCUUCUUUUCGCAUCGGUUUUGCUUUAGACGAGCUUUGAGGCCCAGAAAAAACACGGAUUCCACCCCCCUUCCCAAGGUAGAUAGUACUUCUGCCAAGUACCUACACGUUUCUGAGAGCAUGGAGGUUUCGCGAUUUUCGGCCUACUCGUAG